CGUUGCUCAGAGAUAACGGUCGCUAACACGGAUGUCUAUGAGCGCUGUGUAGCUGUUCUCCUAGUGAAGAUAUUUUGAUUUACAGUAAAUGAUCUCUACAGUUAAGCCUUAGAGAGAGUUUAUCAACGAGCAGGUAACUCCUGCUGAAGAAACAUUCACAGAGUUGAAAGAAAUCAACGUUAAGAUUGAGGAAGAGAUGGAGGAUCAGCGCAGACUGAUGGAUUUCAGCCGGAUACCAAAGAUCAUCUUACACCGGAUAGAUCUCCCACAAUGUUGUGUGUGUAAAGAGGAGGAGGUUCUCAAUGAAACAGAACCAAAGAAGAACCACCUCAUCUCUCAUGGCUCUCCAGAAACUGAGAACCAGGAUCAGGAAGGAAGCAAUUCUGAAGACCCAGGAAAAAGGAAAAAGGAAGAAAAGAAACAAAAAGAGAAAUAUGAGAAAACCAAAGAGCAAAAAUGCAAAACUGACACUUCAAAACACUCAAGGCAAAGAUUAUAUUCUUGUAAAACUUGUGAUAAAACAUUUUCUCAAAACAGUAACUUAAUGAGACACAUGAUAAAUCACACUGGAGAAAAACACUUCUCUUGUGGAACCUGUGGAAAAAGUUUCACCCAUAAAGACAAUUUGAAUAGACAUAUGAAAAUUCACACAGGCCAGAAGCCUUUCUCUUGUGGGACCUGUGGAAAACGGUUCUCUCAAAAAUAUAUUUUAAAUAAUCAUAUGAAAAUUCACACAGGACAGAAGCCUUUCUCUUGUGGAACCUGUGGAAAAAGUUUCAUCCAUAAAGGCAGUUUAAAUACACAUAUGAAAAUUCACACGGGACAGAAGCCUUUCUCAUGUGGGACCUGUGGAAAACGUUUCUCUCAAAAAUAUAUUUUAAAUAAUCAUAUGAGAAUUCACACAGGCCAGAAGCCUUUCUCUUGUGGGACCUGUGGAAAAUGUUUCUCUCAAAAAUAUAUUUUAAAUAAUCAUAUGAAAAUUCACACAGGCCAGAAGCCUUUCUCAUGUGGGACCUGUGGAAAAAGUUUCUCCCAAAAAGGUAAUUUAAAUGUUCAUAUGAAAAUUCACACAAGUGAGAAACCUUUCUGUUGUGGGACCUGUGGAAAAAGUUUCUCCCAAAAAGCUAAUUUAAAAAAUCAUAUGAGAAUUCACACAGGUCAGAAGCCUUUCUCAUGUGGGACUUGUGGAAAAUGUUUCCCUCAAAAAUAUAUUUUAAAUGAACAUAUGAAAAUUCACACAGGACAGAAGCCUUUCUCAUGUGGGACGUGUGGAAAAAGUUUCACCCAGAUAUCAACUUUAAAUGGUCAUAUGAUAAUUCACACAGGUGAGAAGCCUUUCUAUUGUGGGACCUGUGGAAAAAGUUUCACCCAGAUAUCAACUUUAAAUGGUCAUAUGAUAAUUCACACAGGUGAGAAGCCUUUCUAUUGUGGGACCUGUGGAAAAAGUUUCACCCAGAAAUCAACUUUAAAUCGUCAUAUGACAAUUCACACAGUUGAGAAACCUUUCUCGUGUGGUAGUUGUGGAAAAGGUUUCAGUAACAGAAGUAAUUUAUCUCGUCACAUGAAGACUCACUCUGAUGAGAAGCCAUAGGUCCAAAACAAAUCCGAUCCAUUUUGGCAUCUGAUCUUAUGGAAUAUCUGGUUUGAUGAUGUAAACAGCAAGUAGAAAAUGUUAAAGUCAACAGAUUCUUGCAGGCUGCUAGUGAUUCACUGUGUCUUUCACUGUCUGACCAAGAUCAACCUGAGGUCUACUUCUACCUACCAGAUUGUUUUCCUUAAUCCAGUUUGUUGUUUUAAUUCUCAGUCGUAUUUGUACUGAAGAUCCCAUCAGUAUCCCAUUAGAUACUGAAGUUAAAGAGAGGAACACAUUCAGAAAGGAUUCAUUUCUGUGCAUUUCAGUUUUCAUGGAGUUCUGUACAUUGUAGAAUAAUUUAGUUUAUCUUUUACAUUUUUGACGUUUCUGUGUAUGACUGGAUGUAAAAUACUUUAGAAAUAGAAGCAGUGAAAUGUUCUUGUUUUUCCAUAAAUAAAACUCUAUAAUGUUUGUUUGAAAAAAAAUCCUCAUUAAUAAUUUUGAUCUGGUCAGAUUUUGAUUUAGAGCUAACCACAGAGAGGUUUUUAUUUUUCCAAAUUUUUGUCAUUGUUAUACUUUGAUAUGAGAAGCAAAGUAUGUUAUUCAAAAGGUAUGUUUAAAUCUUCACUAGUAUUUUGAGCAGAAUAUGCUUUUCAAUAAAUGUUGAUAUGAAUGAAUAUUGAUGGAUUAUUCAGUGAUUGUCAUCGUCAUUAACUGUUGCCGUAUUUUUAAAUGUCAGCUUUAAGUAAAGCAUCUAAAGAUCCUUGCAAUAACAAUAAAACAUUAAUUUUUACACAAAUUGAUUUUUUCAUUUCUUCAAAAUCC